CUAUAAUUUGAACACCCAAAAAUUGAAGCAAAAUCUAGAAACGUGAAUAGGAGAAUAUAAUUUAAUAUUUCCCAUUAACCACAACCGGCAAUAAAACAAAAAAAUAGCCAACACCCGGUUGAAGAGUGACAACACCGAUGCAGCGCCUGCACAGCAGAAUUCCCCUUGCAUAAUUCCUAUCUUUUGAAUUUCAGCCAGAAUUUGUAUAGAAGGCAAAUGUUAGUAAUGUUUAUGAUGGAUGCUAAUUUCCAGCAAUUGAAUAUUUUGAUGUUCUUAAUGUUAAAUAUUGGGAAACUAACUUGCUAGCUAUUUUGUAAAAUUGAUCAUAUUGCUUGUUAAUUCGCACGACAUUGACAUAUAAUACUGGCAAGAAUAUAAGAGGAGCAAAUUGUUGAAAUUUAAAUUUUAGAAUUUUGUUAAUUACGGUUAUCAUAUUGCAACCGAACCGAACAGGUACAAUCUAGUCAUAGUUAUAUUAAAGUGCCUCCGAUUUAAGUGUAAAAAGAAAGGUGAUCAAACUGCCAAGCCAGCAGUGAUUUUGUUGUGUUGAUUUGGCUGGCCGUGAUCUGAAUUCAUUUUCUGGAGUCACUUCCAUUUUGUUCUAGAGAAGAAUGUUCCUCAAAAUCUGAAAGCGAAGGUCACCGUUUGCCAAUAAGGGAAGCUGGGCUUGGCAAUCUGUUCAUAAAUUGGAUCCAGGUGGAAAUGGACUGGGCCUGACUUCCUUCAAGUGGGCCGCUUUAAAGUUGGUUGAUCUGGUUUAGACGGAGCCCCUCCGAAGAAAUGUUCCUGGUAGAAUGGGAAGUCUUUCAUCGUGGAACGGGAGAGUCUCAGAGUCGGAAGAACACACAAGUCUGAGCAUUCAAACAGCGAAGCGACUCUCUGCGCAGCUUUUUUGGUCGGCCUCGGUGCAGCUUUCAUCUACCUUGGCUGAGGAACAGUACAGUGCCCUUAUCGUAGUUAAGGAUAUUCCUUGGUCGCCUUGCCCGGCCCCUUUAUUUGUUCCUGGUCAUUCGCUUCUAUCGUCCGUUAUUCGUGCGGGAUUCGGGAGUUGUGUUCGUUGUCAAGGAACGCGCCGUCUGAGUUUUACGAUUUCUCCGCGUUGGAAGGCGGGCUCUGAAACUUGUGUAAGUUUGGAGACCGGGUUUGUAUUGCUUUGGUUUACGCUUUUGGUUCUGAGAUUGUGCACAAGGUGUUUGAUGAAAUGACUGUGUGGGGAUGUUUCUAUUAUGGACGGAGGCAUUGAAGUUCGCCCGGGGAUGAAUAAAGGUUUUAAGUCAUUGAAUACCCUGUUUUGGUUUUGUGGUCUAGGUUUGCUACCUAUGAUCAAGAUUUUGGUAUGAGGACUGCCAACAUAGGUGAUGGAGUCAUGAAGUGUCUUUCCUAUGAUUCUUCCACAAGGAAGGAAGCUGCUGCAGUCUCGUCAUUACAUUUGUGAAGUUCAGUAUGAUGGGUUUUCUCCGAAGAGAUGAAAACGUCAGCAUUUCACUCGUUGGGACGUUCUUUUCAAGUACUCUCUCUGCGUGCCAAUGGAGAAACCCGCCUACAUUGCUUACAGUUCUCGUUCCUAACAUGUUUGAAUCAGUGGCUCGCUUUUUCAAGCUCAAGCAAUGUGAGACCUUUUCCUGAUUACUCUCCAAAGAAGCCCACAAUUAGAGAUUCUGAUCUUGUCCAUCAAAUCUCAAAUGCAAUCAGGUUACGGCGUUCUGAGCCCCUCCGCCGUGUUCUAAAGCCUUUUGAGUCGAAGUUUAGGUCCGACCAUCUGGUUUGGGUUCUCAUGAGCAUCAAGAACGAUUAUAAAUUAGUUUUGGAUUUCUUUAACUGGGCGUGCCUUCAAAGAGAUCCCAACCUUGAAGCUCGUUGCAUAGUUAUUCAAAUUGCUGCUGCUUGUAAGGACCUGAAGGUGGCUGAUGAGCUUAUUCGUGACUUUUGGGCAAAGCCUAACUUGGAGGUUGGUCAUGCUUUCACUCUUUUUGUAGAACGAUUAAUAUACACAUAUAAGGAAUGGGGUUCUGAUCCCCACGUAUUUGAUGUUUUCUUCCAUGUCCUGGCUGAAGCUGGGUUGUUUGCUGAAGCAAGAAGCUUCUUUGACAAAUUGUUGAACUAUGGGAUUCUUGUUUCAGUUGAUUCGUGUAACUUGUACUUGUCAUACUUGUCAAACAGUACGCAUGGCCUCGUGAUGACUUUGAAAGUCUACGUUGAGUUCUCUCGAGCUGGUGUGUGUUGGAAUACGACCUCAUACAACAUAAUAAUGAGUACCCUUUGUCAGUUAGCUAGAUUGAAGGAAGCACAUACUUUGCUACUGCAAAUGGAGUUCAAGGGAUAUCCUCCUGAUGUUGUAAGUUAUAGUACUAUAAUAAAUGGUUAUUGCCAAAUCGGAGAAUUAGAAGAAGUGUUGCAUCUUAUUGAAGAAAUGCAGUUUAAGGGAUUGAAGCCGAACUCUUAUACCUAUAAUAGCAUUAUCCUUCUUCUGUUCAAGAGUGGUAAUGUCGACAAGACAGAAACAAUCUUGAAAGAGAUGGUGAAUCAGGGGAUAACUCCUGACAAUGUGGUCUAUACAACGCUAAUUGAUGGUUUCUGCAAGCAGGGAAAUACUCAAGCUGCUUAUAUGUUAUUUCAUGAGAUGCAGGCUCAGAGGAUUAUUCCCGAUUUUAUAGCAUAUACUGCUAUCAUUUGUGGAUUUUGUCAAAAUGGAAACAUGCUGGAAGCUGACAAACUCUUUACUGAAAUGCUUGGUCGAGGUGUGAGGCCAGAUGAAGUUACCUACUCAGCACUUGUUGAUGGCUACUGCAAAUUAGGUGAUAUGAAGAAGGCAUUCUUUCUUCACAACCAGAUGGUCCGACACGGGCUUGUCCCAAAUGUUGUAACUUACACCACACUGGCUGAUGGCCUUUGCAAAAUUGGAGAAUUGGAGACAGCAAAUGAACUCCUGAAGGAGAUGCGUGCGAAGGGCCUUCAACUGAAUGUAUGGACAUACAACUCAAUGGUCAAUGGUCUUUGUAAGGUAGGAAAUCUAGCCCAAGCACUGCAGCUGAAGGAAGAAAUGGAGGUGGCAGGAAUUCAUCCUGAUGUUGUCACUUAUACUACGUUAAUGGAUGCUUAUUGUAAGAUGGGAGAAAUGGGUAAGGCCAGUGAGCUCCUGCAAGAGAUGCUGAAAAGGGGGCUACAGCCUACAGUUGUUACAUUCAAUGUCCUUAUGAAUGCAUUUUGUCAAUUGGGAAGGCUAGAAGAUGGGGAGAAGCUGCUACAAUGGAUGUUGGACAGGAAGAUAAUGCCGAACACCACGACGUACAAUUGUCUUAUGAAACAGUAUUCAAUAAGAAACAAUAUGCACCGAACUACUGAGAUUUAUAGGGCAAUGCAAGCUGAAGGUAUGAUGCCGGAUGGCAACACUUAUAAUAUUUUGAUUAAAGGACACUGUAAGGCCAGAAAUAUGAAAGAAGCGUGGUAUUUGUAUAAAGCGAUGGCCGGAAAAGGAUUUGUUCUCACGGCUACUUCCUAUAAUGCUCUGAUCAGAGGUUUCUUGAAGAGGAAGAAAAUGUUAGAAGCAAGAAAAAUAUUUGAAGAGAUGAGAAGAGAAGGACUGAAUGCUGAUGAAGAUAUAUACAGUUUUUUUGUAAAUUAUGAAGAGGGGAACAGUGACAACAAUUUUGCGCUUUGCGAUGAAGCUAUAGAAGAGCUUGUGGGGAAAGCAAAAAACUAAAGCUGAUGUGCAGUCUCCUGCUCCCAUAGGAAAGCCAUAGAGAAGAAAAGUCUUUGGAUCUGAACAUUUGGUUAGGCGUGGUAAGUGCUGGCUGCUUGAGGAUAAAUUGGAACUCUUGUAUGUUUGAAGGCAUUAGUUUCACUUAACUAUGUAGUGCUUGUUCUCGAAUUGAUGUUGGUUUUGCAAGUUCUAGCAAAAUGUUGGUAAUAAUUAUCCUUUACUGUUGUUUUGAUUUUGUAUGAAUUCUUCACAGAGCUCCGAGUCCUGGGCAACUAUGGGCACCAGAGGACAGAGGUAUAAUAUAUAUUUUGUUCCCAGAUAGUGAACUGUUCCUUGCCUGCCAUGCAGAGAGCUUGUCUUGAAUUUUAGUCUUGGUCAGCAUGUCUUGUUUCUACAGCAAAGAGGAAAAUUAAAGGAGGAAUUCAUGAUAUGACGACAGAAGAGAAAGCAGCUGAUUCCAAUAGCACAAGAGUUUCUUCCAUGGACAACACAUGAGCCUGAGGUGAGGUCGAUUUGUUUGAACCAACUUUAGCUUGCUUGUUUUGCUACUGAAAAUAGCAUUCAUGAAUUUGGUACUAAUAAACAAGCCAGUGAAUUAUAUCAUGCUUGGUCUCUUUCUCAAGAGUUCAUUUUCAAUCUGCCUUGUCAAUUGCAACACCUUAUUAAACCUCCUGUGACAGAGAUCAGAAUAAUGCCAAUAAAUUGAUGCUUCACGGCGACAUACUUGCAGUCGAGCUGCUGAAUCUAACCACAAGGUAAUCCUUAAAGAAAUUCUUGUCGUUCGAUCGAAAAAGAAAUGAAUUUUUCUGUGUGUACACUUGGGCACUUGGCUAGUUACAGAGCUGAAAGCUGGAUUUUAUUUGUUAAACGGGCUCCGACUUGGUAGCUCUGUACUUGUCACUCGCUGUACUGAAUUAACUAAUCUCAGAGAGCUGGCUGAUAUGCUGCAUUGCUCUCACAAUUAAUGCUGCAAGCUACUCUUUGCUGUAGGUAUCAUUAGGUACCACAGAAGCUUCCUCUUAUUCAGGAGUACAAGUUGGAAAGAGAGCGGCAGCUAAAGGUUAGCGUAAGUGAUUUUGCUGACCAGUCAUUCCAAAAUAGAAUAUAACCAAUUUUGCUACUGAUGUUUUCAUUCAUCCUGUAGUUGGCGGUGGUUGAAGUAAGAAGAUUACGAGAGGAGCUCGUUCCUCUGCUUCUCUUCCCCGGUCUCACUAGCGUCUCUCUGCUUCUCUUCCAACAGCCCCAUUUCAAAGCGGCCUGUCCACUCCCUGAUGAAGAUCUUCACCCGUCUCUGUCCCACUCCGCCGUCCUUUUCCCUCCGACCAUGAAGUGGCGGGAUGCCAAGCGGUCCGCACAGCAAGCGACAUGGACAAUGGCUAGGAAUCCCACCAUGGUCUGGUCCCAAUCUUCUUCCUGUUCGCCACAUCGUCUGAAAUUCUUAUACUCUGCUACUAUUACGAUCAGCUUUCUUGUGCAUUAAAUUUCAGUCUGAAUUGUUUAGACUAAAUUCCACUGAGAACUUGAGAAUCAGUUAGUUUUAGUCCUCCCUUGACAUCAGAGGAAAUGUCAAGUGCCCAAUGUGCUUCCUUCGUAUUUGCUUGCCUCUGCUGCCAAAAUUAAGAAGUAAAAGAAAAUUACAAGGGUUAACUUAUACUCACCAUAGCAAAGUCACCAAGUCAAGGUAACUCGAAGUUUAAAAAAGUCACCAAAGCAAAUCGGGACGGUAUAUGGUGCAAAUCUUAUAAAUGGUUUGCAACGUCCGAACUAAAAGCAAAAAUUUUAGAAUUAUUAAAGUGCAAGUUCCCAAAAAUUUGGGUCACUGUUCAUUACGAAAUUUUCGAGGUUAUUGUUCACAACAAGGUUUCAAAAUUCCGUGCACACAGAUUUAGCUAAGCUCGAGUAUCCCAAUUUAGGCUGGGCAAGAAAGAAGAACGGGUCCACCUAGAAUUGCCUUCACCAAAUCACAUCUCGUUUAUUUAUUAUCUCUCCUUCCGCUCUUCCCCUGUAAAAUCAAUCGCCUCACUCUUCCUCUCUCCUUUGCAAGGUUGUUAAACCCCUAUCGAACCCCCCGGUUGGACCCGGUUCAACCCGAGUCGGGCUUCAAAACGGCCUCCAGAAAACCCCCCGGUCUGACCACUAAACAGGGAGAAGAAGAGAGGCAGAAGAGAGGAAAAGGAACGAAGGAAGGGAAAUGGUAGGUGGAUCAUGGAGGUUAGGUAGAUUUAUUUUGUUGAAAAUAAGUUUUUAAUAGAUAUAUGUAAGAUAAAUUUUAUUUCACUCAUUAAAUUUUUAAUUACUACUUUAUUUGUAUAUAUAUUUAGAAAACGUCUAAAACGGCUCAAACCGGCCGGACCCCGAUCAGACCAUUAAACCUCAAACCCCUUGCUUGACCGGCUCAAUGACUUAAACCGGUUUGACAACCUUGCUCCUAUGUCCUUACCUCUCUCUCCACUCUUCCCUGCAAAAUCAAAAUAUGAAGAAGGAAUAAAAAUCCCUAGCCCCUUUCUACUUGCUCCACUCAUAGAUCCAGCGCGACUCUGUGAUUUACUUAGUACCGUUGCUGUGUUAUCAAGCUAUAAUUAUCUACCAAACGAUGAAGAAUGAGGCAACGAUGGCAAGACCGGCGACGAGCAUGAGUUCCCCCAAAUGACGGCGGCAGACCUCCUCACAUCCCAGUCCUUAAACCCACUCAAGGACGCUUGAAAAGUUGACGAAGCAUGAGCGACGACAGCAAGACCGGCGACGUGAAUGAGUUCCUUUCUGCUGAGGGCUACAGUAAAUCGCUAGAUUUUGGUGAGUCAACAACUCGAUUCAGCACAUUGGAGAUGAUACCCUUUCUUCUUAAUUUCUGCUUCAAUUGAAUCAAAGAAGGUAAUCUAGGGUUAGUUAUUCUUAGCCCUGAUUUUGGUUCUUGCUAUCCAUCUCUCUCAGCGGUGAAUUUGCCAUCACCACUGCAACCGAUUUUGUUUCUUUACUUUCUAGCGCGUUCAGGGAGCCCUCAACGCCCCUUCUUCAAUUUUGUUUCCUCAAUUCCAGGGGUUCAGUAGGGGAAGUCGAAGCUGUCAAAUCAUCAAUCUGUCAAUUUCUAGCUGACUAUGCAGCAAUUUCUAGCCGACUGUGCAGCACGGUUUACAGGCUCAAUACCGAGUACUUUGAUUGGGAUCACAUUGACGGGGCUGGAGGUCGAUUGGGAAAACAAAGUAGUCACGGUGGCAUUGCUCCCAAGAGAAAAUAUCAACAAAAUAAAUCACUACUCCAUUCCAGUCUGUCACUAUCUUUUAUGCAAAACACAUGGGAGCGUUUAAGUUCAGGCUUUGCUGUAGUUAGCUUUUAGGAUGUUGCAAAACAAAUAGGUUGCUACAUCUACUGAAGUAGCAUGAAGAACAGUUCUCUGCUUCAGCCUUCAAGUACCUUCAUUGAACAAACUCAAUCAAUGAACUAAAAAACCAUUUGAUGCCAUGCCACCCAGCCCCUCUUCUUCAUCUUCAUCGUAGAACUCCUUGGUCGGAUGUGGUUGCAAAAUCUCCCAUUUUUAUCAUGUACAAAAAGAAACAAAACGUAUCCCCUACCUUAAAAUAGCUUUUAGGAUGAUGCAAAACAAAUAGGUUGCUAAGGUCUACUGAAGUAGCAUGAAGAACAGUUCACUAAUUUUGUACAUUUGAGUUUUCAUUUGAUCAUGUAAUGAAAUUAAGUUCGAAAGAGAACAAGGUCUAACAUGAUGAAUUAUGUUUUCUUCAGGAGUUUCAGUCCUGCCAUUGAAGACAGAUCUCACACCUUAGAGUGAUACGGAUGCUUCAUAUAUUCUGGAUUCCUGGGAACAUUGACCAUCUGACUUGAUGAAGAUGGCAAUCCCAUGGCUCUCAUACUUUGCUCUAGGUGGAUAGGUCUAAUGAAGGAAUCAAGCAUAUCUUGACAUCAGUAAGUUUUUCUUCUUCCAUAUUAGGUUGUAGUAAAUUAACAGAAUGUGUAUGAGCAUUGAUAGAAGAUGGGUUUAUUUCAGCUUAGAGUAGAACCAGUUCUAAGGUUCAUAUAAGGUCCAAGUUCCAUGAUGACUUUCUUUAGAGUCACUAGAAUAUGUUUCAGUUUCAUACAACGAAUUUGACAUAUUAGAAGGGGAGACCACAGAAGAUGGGGUUGAACCAGUUUCUUUUAUUGGAUGAAGCCUAACCCUUUUAGAUGAAUCGAGCCAUUUUAAGAAAUUGGAUCCCUAGAGGUUAAACUGGAAUAGACAAGAAGGAAGAAGCCUAAAAAGAUUGUUUGUUGGAGGUCCAAUACACCGGAUUUCAUUCUUCUCAAUUUGGUGUUGGGUCUUUUCUGGAUAUAAAAAAAGAAAAGAUAUUUUAUAAAUGAUCAAUUUAGAAGAAGAGGGAGUAGCUAAGGAGAUUGACAUUAUGAAUUGCUUUCAAUCUGAAUAAGAACCGGUUCUAAGCUUUAUAUUAGGCGUCUACAUUAUGAGAUACUCUUCUUUGGUUCAAUAAGGGUUAUGAGUUAUGACAGUAGCUUAGUAUACUGGUAUAAUAAGAAGCUUUGGAAAGCUCUUUGUACUCUCCUGCUAAAAUUUUCUACUAUUACAGAUAGUGCAAAACUAUUGAUGCCAAAACCACAAGAGAUAGAAUUGGGCGUGGGUUAACUGUUGUAAUUUGGCUUUAUGAGUUCGAUUCGAUUUUGUAUCUUUUGGGGAAGGAAUAUUUAUAAGUUAUAAGUGUCAGUGAUGGAAUAGAACGACCAUUUAUAUCGGCACAAAGUAGGUGAUUAAGAUUCUCACCGAUAGCUCUUUCAAUAUGUUUGACGUGAUCUUAUUCUAUAUUUUUAUCAGGAUAAACGAAUUAUAAAUUGAAACCCGUCGCGUAGCACGGGCUUUAUUAUCUAGUGGUAAUGAAAUAUCAAGGCUCUCAAUAAGAUGUUAGGCGUAACGUGCGUGUUAAGGUCUUGUCUAGCGUCUAGUUUGUCGUUGUCUAAGUGUGUGUGUUUGAGGAGAAAUAGCAAAAUAGCAAUUUGAAGAGAAUACAGAGAAAUAGCAAUUUGAAGAGAAUAAUAAUGUACAACGGUUUCAUACUUAAGUUUGAAUGAUUAAUAAUUUGCUUAACAAUCAAAUAAAAUUAGCUCACAAGUUCAUAGAAUCAUAUCCUCAAUAGCACACAAAAAUUUUGAGAUAUUGAAAAUAUUAAUAUAGAAGAUUUAGUUUGUAGAUGAUGCUAAUUCUCCCCUUUGUUAUUGACUGUCUAGCUCCUUCUAAUUAUGCAUUGGAGAGACCUUUAACGUUGCCUACUGCAUAGUGCCUAUGCGUGCGUAAAUAUAAUGCAAGUUUUAAUGUAUCUUUUUGAACUCAUAUUAAUUAUAUUUUGGAAUUAAACACUUAUUAAUUACAUUUUAAAAAAUUAAAAACAAAACUCAUAGUAAUUAUACUUUUUUGAAUCAAAAUUCUAAAUUAAUUUAAUUUCUUUGUCUCACUUGUGCGCCUCUCUUCCUUUCUCCAACAUAUUUCUUCCGACCACCUUCAUCCUCGAGGCUCCAAGCCUCCAACCGCCUAAGUGAACUUGUACUAUUACACGAAAACUCAAAUUCCCUAACUGAAAACCAAUAUCACUCACUAUAUGCAAGUCAAUAUCAAAAGAAAAAUCAGUAUCACUAUACAAAAACCAGUAUCUGAUCCUUUUCGUAUUGUUAGCGAAAUUACCACCCCAUUGUGGAACCAAUCAUCCAGAAACACAGUAAAGCCGUGAAUGGACGGCUCCCACAUGUUCCGUCUGAAUUGGCAUAGUACCCAGCCGGCCAAGGUCCUUCAAGCUUCCCUUCUUGUGUAGACUCCGUGUGGCUUGGCUUUUAUCGGUGUGUAAACAAAUGCGAAACGAAGAUCUGACAUUCUGAAUAAGCUUGAUAAGACGAACACGGUCUGAGAAUACAAGGUAGAUUUUGCUUCAGCACCUUUCUUCGCAGUUGAAUCUCAGCCACAGGAUCCAUCUACCACCUCCCCAUUUAUCAAUCAAUCCAGAACCACCACCACCAGUGACUCAUCAAUGACAUCUAACAUUUUCACCCACUUCCCAUUUCGUUUCAUUGCCCAAACAAGAUCAACGAAAUUAAUACACGUUGAUUUUCUUGCAAUAUUUUGUUCUUUCCUCACAGUCCCCAAAAGCUUCAUCCUUUCUUCACUCACUCUGCCGAAUGAAUCACUCACUAUAUAUAAUAAGCAUUUCCAGCCCCUGUUUCAUCUCCCAAUCAGGAAACAGAACAGAAAAAUCAGC